GCUGAGACCGGAAGUGGGUGGAAGUCUGGGCGUCGCGCGCCAUGGAGGGUGACCCGGUUGGGUUCCUGCGGCCGCUGGAGGUGCCAGCGGCAGAGGAGGCGGAUGCCCAGGUAGCUUCUUGGAGCGGGGACAGCGGCAACGUGUCCCAGAGCCACAGCAGCGCCUCUGGGCCGUGGGAGGACGAGGGUCCCGAGCUGGGCGCGCCGGGCCGGGACCUGCCGCUGCUGCGCCGCGCAGCCGCCGGCUACGCCACCUGCUUGCUGCCCAGCGCCGGGGCGCGGCCCGAGGUCGAGGCCUUGGACGCGAGCCUGGAGGAUCUGCUCACCAGGGUGGACGAGUUUGUGGGUAUGCUCGACAUGCUGCGCGGCGACUCCUCCCACGUGGUUAGCGAGGGCGUGCCUCGCAUUUACGCUAAGGCCACCGAGAUGCGUCGGGUCUACAGCAAGAUCGACCGGCUCGAGGCCUUCGUGGGGAUGAUCGGCGCCAGCGUGGCCAGGAUGGAGGAGCAUGUCGCCAGGGCGGAGGCCGAGCUGGGGACUUUCCCUAGUACAUUCAGGAAACUCCUGCACACAAUUAGCGUGCCCUCCUUCUUCAACAAGGCGCCCUCCAGCAAAUCCCAGCUGACCGGAUACGAGCCCCCCGUCGUGUUUCGGACAGAAGACCACUUUCCCUGUUGCAGCGAAAGACCUCAGGUGUGAGUCUGCCGCACAGCGCUGCAAGAGGACGCGGUCUGAGAUUAUCAAUUGAAAAUGCUGUUAAUAGACCUGCACGAUGUUGGAGUUUGGAAUUUUCAAGUAAUUUUUUGCACACUUCAUUUCUCACGUCUUCAUCUCACAUAGGAUAUAAGAUUUUCUUUUCUGCCCUGUGGCAUGCGUUAGUUCUGGGGUCAGGAAAAGAACCUGUGCCACAGCAGUGGCUUAAACUAUAGCAGUGACAACACCAGAUCCUUAACCUGCCGAGCCACCAGGGAACUCCAGGAUACAUGAUUUUCUAUGUCUUCCAGUUCAGACUUGAAAGCUACUUGGUGUGGGGUUUGGGCGGGUAGGGACCAGGAAGCAAAAUAAAUAAAUUUAUGUAUGCA